CUCUGCUGUCCUCCGGUAACAUUGUUGUGGAGCGACGUCACAGCUCGAAAAUGAAGGCGCAGAGGCAGCCAUUACUGGAGCUUCUCUAAUUAUUUUAUUCCAAAUAAAUACUCACGGAAAACUCCCAUGGCAAGAGCUACCAGUCAGCUGUAUGAUGUUGUGCCCAUUCAGCCCAACGUUGUCAUCUGUUCCUGCUCACAUCCAUCAAUGGUAAGAAACCACCCUGACUCCUGCUCGCCACUUGCUAUCCCAGGCGCAAGCAGCAGUCACUGCCCUAGCAUGGAGGGCUCCGCAGCAAAGGCUUGUGCUGUAGGAACAUCUGCCAGCAGCCAGAGCUCAGAUGUCCGCACGCAGCCAGCCGUCCAGACUCCUCAACCACGCAAGAAGAAGCCAGAGGACUUCAAGUUUGGCAAGAUACUGGGAGAGGGCUCCUUCUCGACGGUCGUCCUGGCAAGAGAACAGGCCACGGGGAAAGAAUAUGCAAUUAAGAUUUUAGAGAAGCGUCACAUUAUAAAAGAGAACAAAGCCCAGUAUGUGAGAAGAGAGCGGGAUUUGAUGUCAAGUCUAGAUCAUCCAUUCUUCGUCAAGCUCUACUUUACAUUUCAAGAUGAUGAGAAGUUGUACUUUGGUCUCAGUUAUGCUAAGAAUGGUGAACUCCUGAAAUACAUUCGCAAAAUUGGCUCUUUUGAUGAGACCUGUACCCGGUUCUACUCAGCUGAAAUAGUUUGUGCUCUAGAAUAUUUGCACAGUAAGGGGAUAAUACACAGAGAUCUGAAACCAGAAAAUAUUCUUUUGAGUGAAGAGAUGCACAUCCAGAUAACAGAUUUUGGGACAGCAAAACAGUUGUCAUCAGACAGUAAACAAGCCAGGGCAAACUCCUUUGUUGGAACGGCGCAGUAUGUUUCUCCAGAGCUACUAACUGAGAAAUCAGCAUGUAAGAGCUCUGACCUGUGGGCUUUGGGGUGUAUAAUCUAUCAGUUGGUGGCUGGAUUACCACCAUUCAGAGCUGGAAAUGAGUACCUAAUAUUCCAGAAGAUAAUAAAGCUGGAAUAUGAAUUUCCGGAGAAAUUCUUCCCCAAAGCCAAGGAUCUUGUUGAACAGCUUUUGUCAUUGGAUCCAUCAAAGCGGAUUGGAUGUGAAGAGAUGGGAGGGUAUGACCCGCUGAAUCAGCACCCAUUCUUUGACACCAUUUCCUGGAGUGACUUGCAUCAGCAGACACCCCCUAAGCUCACACCUUAUCUGCCAGCUAUGUCUGAAGAUGAUGAGGACUGCUACGGAAACUACGAUGACCUCCUAAGCCAGUUCAGCAACAUGCAAGUGGCCCAGUCCAGCUCAUCACAGUCGCUGUCACCACACGAUUCUAUGCCGCCGCAGAGGUCCAGCAGCAACAUUGAACAGUACAUCCAUGACCUGGACAGCAACUCCUUUGAGCUUGACCUGCAGUUCACUGAAGAAGAAAAGCAGUUAUUGCUAGACAAACAAACCACUGGAAACCCCUGGCACCAGUUUGUGGAGAAUAACCUGAUCCUGAAAAUGGGCCCAGUGGAUAAACGCAAGGGUCUGUUUGCUCGUCGGAGACAGCUGCUUCUUACUGAAGGACCACACCUGUACUAUGUGGAUCCUGUCAACAGGGUUCUGAAAGGGGAGAUUCCUUGGUCCUUUGAGUUACGCCCCGAGGCCAAGAACUUCAAAACCUUUUUUGUUCACACGCCUAACCGGACAUACUAUUUGAUGGAUCCCAGUGGAAAUGCAGACAGAUGGUGCAAGAAGAUCCAGGAAGUGUGGAGAAAAAUCUAUCAAAGGCACCAAAACCCUGGCCUAUAGGAGCAGAAUUCAUUCUGUGUUCACUCCGUUUUAGCUCUGAGGCCAAUCACUGAGCAGAGUAAUACCCUCUGUAGUGCCCUUCAUCACCACAAUGUAAACAAACUCUUAGAGACGCUGGUAUCUAGACCUUGUUUGUUUUCCUUUAGUAAAACCAUAGGAAAAAUACAACUUUGGAUUCAGGGUUGCUUUGCUUGUUCUGUGUGCUCUCUGUGAGGCUUCUAUUGCAUUUUUCCAUGUACGGAUGAUAAAACUUUCACCAUGAACAUCUGCUUUUUGUACAUUGUGAGGGUGUGAGAUGGGCUAGCUUGUCAUGUAGAAUGAGACAAGCUUGGGUACUGCUAGGACUAUCUAAAAUGCAAGGACUGGUUUCCUGCUUCAAUGAUACCACAUACUUUUGUGAACCAGAGCCUGUCAAAAUGUCAAUUAAACCAUAUUCUCAUCCUGCGCCAUAUGUGCAAGCUGUAGUAAAGCCCAACUGCUAGUGCGUAUACUCCAUAGCUGUAACAGAUCCUGUAAACUGAUUCAGUUUCACACCUUUACUCAGAUCCUAUAUAUAUUUUUGCCAGAGCUCAACUAUCCCCCCCCCCCUCCUCACUCAUUCUCUUGGUACUUGCUUAUUGCAGCCCAAUUAAGGUCUCUGUAACAAAGUAGGGUGCUGGUCUGCAAUGAGACAUGGGUCUGAUCCAGUCUCCACGUGAGCCUUCUUUAGCUGCUACUGAGGAUGUUUUUGCUAAAAAGGGGUGGGUAAACAUGCCACUAGCUUGUACUUUUUAAUCAUAACCUGCUUAUCUUUCCUGCAUGGCCAGGCCAGUUUUGUCGCUCAGCCUUGUCUGCUUCUCUCUUAGGGCACUGGAAAUAGUUUGUUCAAGUUUAAAGGUGGGUAUUUUUGACUGCAUUUGCAGCCAUAGAAACUACCAUUGAUAAUUAUUUUACUUUUUUUUUCUUUUUUUUUUUUUUUUUUUUUUCUUUCUUUUCAACCAUUCACUGGCUAUAUGGUGUGACUUCUUUUUGUGGAAUAGUCAGCUUAUCUUCAGUAUGUCCUAUUGAGGUAAAAAAAUUAUAAAAUAAAAAAAAUAAAAGUCACUUCAUGCUGAACAGAAAAACUCCAUCAUCAGAAAUGGUAUUUGUAUCAUUGUUGCAAUCAAUCGGAGAAAAAGCUGUUGUCACUGGACAAGAUGGUUUAACUGCCUCAUCAGGCUUCUUGGUCCAUCAUUUUUGUUUUCCCGUUCUGGUGUUUGGCCCAAUAGAAAUUAAAGCAACUGAUUUAACUCAUGCUUUUGUUUUAGCAACAUGUAUGAUCAUAAUGCUUUUAUUUUUCGAGAUAGUACCAUAAGGUCCCUUCCAAAGGCCCUUUUCCUUCAGCUGAGUCUGUGUGUGCAGUGUGUGACUGGAGUAUAGGUGAAUAGGACCCUGGGGCCCAGGGCUCGAUGUGGUUGGAUGUCAGUUAAAAGGAUAUCUAUCUGAUCUUAAUGACAGAAGAAAUUGCUGUAUCUGUAUGUUGAGGAAAUGCCACAGAAGGGUUUUCCUCUAAAUAACAAAAUUGUUUGAAUCAAGUCGAUGGCAGUCGGUUACAUGGUGUAUGGAAUACCCUGUAUGGCUUGUAACUGACUAGAACUGUGAUGUACAGAUGAUGUAUUAUUAAAUCUGAAGCAAGUAAUGCAAUGAUAUUAGGAUACAGUUUUUGUAUUUUUAUUCUUGUAUAAGGUUAUUGAUGGCUAUUGUUUAGCCUAUAGUUCAUUCUGUGUUAUUUAAAUUCUAAUAUAUGAAUCAUAUUUGGAUUGAAGUCAUGUUCAGGGGCCACGUUGUGUAUGUAUUGAGAUGUAAAGCCUUUGAAUGUGAAUAAUUAUUGUAAACUAUAAUAUUUUACAGCUUUUUUCUUACUAUAUCAUACAUUUUCUAUUUGCUCAGUGAUUUAAUCAUACUCUGAUAAUUUAAUGAAUAUGUUCAUUCUCUCUCUGAUUAUUUGUUCGCUAGGUCAGUAGAUGUUGAAUGACGAAUUUUCCACUUAAUGCUUGGUAGUCCAGUAAUUAAAGCAUGUAGGGAUUUAGGCAUUUAAAUGAAA